AUGGGGACAAACGACGCAAAAGUUGUGGGUGAGGCGCUGGCUAAAGUCUUGCCUCGAACGGACAGACCAUGGUUUCGAGUGUCGUAUUUGCUUCGGUUGAAUAUGCUUUUACUGAUGCCGUUGAUGUCGUCGGCUAUUGCGGGUUAUGAUGGUUCUCUGAUGAAUGGGCUGCAAGCCCUGCCGUCAUGGAAACGAGACUUUGGAAACCCCCAAGGUCAUAGCCUGGGCGCUGUAAACGCCGCACAGUCUGCAGGCUGCGUUGUCGUCUUGCCACUUGUCGGUAUGCUUGCGGACGGGCUGGGCCGCAGGUGGACACUCCUGAUAGGAGCCGUCGUCAUUAUUCUCGCGUCGGUUGUACAGUCGGUAGCCGUCAAUCUAGGCAUGUUCAUCUUUUCGCGUGCACUGGUGGGUGCAGGUGCCAUUACCAUUAUUCAGCCGAGUCCGCUGCUCAUCUCGGAACUGGCGUAUCCUACCCAUCGGGGCAUUCUUACCGCCCUGUAUUGGACGUUUUAUUAUCUGGGGGCCAUUUUGGCGGCAUGGAGUACGUAUGGAUUGCAGAAGUGGAAUCCGGAUAGUCAUUGGGCGUGGAGGGGCCCAUCGAUUUUGCAGGGCGGGUUACCUGUGCUGCAACUUUUGUUUUGGUGGUAUCUUCCUGAAUCCCCGCGAUGGUUAAUCGCAAAUUGUCGCUAUGAUGAAGCUAGAUCUGUACUCGCAAAGUAUCAUGCCGGUGGGGACUUACAACAUGCACUUGUUGAUUUUGAAAUGAUUGAGAUUACUCGGGCGAUUGAGCUGGAUGCUCAAUCAAAGGAUACCAAGUGGUCUGCUCUAUUCGCAUCAGUCAACAGAAAACGAAUCUUCAUCACAGUCUUUAUUGGUUUCAUGUCGCAAUGGGCGGGCAACAGCGUCGUAUCAUACUACCUCACACUGGUGCUUGACUCGGUUGGCAUCACCAAUCCCGAUACGCAGACCCUGAUCAAUGGACUGUUGCAGCUAUUCAACUUUGGCGCUGCUGUGAUGGCUGCCUUUCUGGUCAAUCGUCUCGGCCGGCGAACAUUAUUCAACUGGUCUGGUGUCGGCAUGGCCAUCUCUUUUGCCAUCUGGACCGCCUGUUCCGCACGCUUCGCCAUUGCCGGUGGAGAGAGUCUAGGCAUCGCCGUCAUCGCCUUCAUCUUCAUUUACUUUUUCCACUACGAUAUCGCAUAUACGCCGCUCGUCAUUGCCUACGCUACGGAAAUCCUGCCCUAUAGCAUCCGCUCAAAGGGUGUAAGUCUGAGUCUGGCCGUCAUUUACAGCUCCCUCGUGUUGCUCUCGUUUCUCACGCCGAUUGCGUUGGAUGCUAUCCAGUGGCGCUACUAUAUUCUCUUUUGCUGCCUGCUGGGCGUGUCUGUCGUUGUGAACUGGGUCUUGCUCCCUGAGACUCGGGGCCGCACGCUAGAAGAGGUUGCCGAUUUAUUCGAAGACAAGAAGAUUGCACAGGAUAUACAAGAAACAAAGCCAGAGCCUGCAAAUGUGGAUCACGUCGAGCUUGUCUGCGAUGUGAAAUUGCAGAAGGGUCUCGGGUUUCCAUGA